CCCCAGAAGUCAAGUGGAGCAGGAGGCCCGCGGUCUGGUCUCCCUGUGGUCACCAUGGAUGGGUCUCACGCUGCCUCUCGCCUGCGCAUAGUGCUGGGCCACCUCGGCUGCCCCUCGGCUGUUGUAGCUCACCCUACUUCAGGGGCUCUUCCUCUUACCAGUUUCCAUCCUCAACAAUUCCAGUAUACUCUGGAUAAUAAUGUUCUAAGCCUAGAACAGAGAAAGUUUUAUGAAGAAAAUGGGUUUCUUGUCAUUAAAAAUUUGGUAUCUGAUGCUGAUAUUGAACGCUUUAGGAAUGAGUUUGAAAGAAUCUGCAAACAGGAGGUAAAACCACUUGGAUUAAGCAUAAUGAAAGAUGUGACCAUUGUGAAAUCAGAAUAUGCCUUAAGUGAAAAAGUGGUUACCAAGAUCCAAGAUUUCCAAGAAGAUGAGGAGCUCUUCAGAUACUGCACUCUCCCUGAGAUUCUGAAAUAUGUGGAGUGCUUCACUGGACCCAAUAUUAUGGCCAUGCAUACCAUGCUGAUAAACAAACCUCCAGAUUCUGGCAAGAAGACAUCCCGCCACCCCCUCCACCAAGAUCUGCACUACUUCCCCUUCCGGCCCAGCAAUGGGAUUGUUUGUGCUUGGACGGCCAUGGAGCGCAUUGACCGGAACAAUGGCUGCCUGGUGGUGCUCCCAGGCACUCACAAAGGCACCCUGAAGCCACAUGAUUAUCCCCAGUGGGAGGGGGGAGUUAACAUCAUGUUCCAUGGGAUACAGGACUAUGACAAAAACAAUGCCCAUGUGCACCUUGUGAUGGAGAAGGGAGACACUGUUUUCUUUCAUCCUUUGCUUAUCCACGGAUCUGGUCAGAACAAAACUCAAGGAUUCCGGAAGGCAAUUUCCUGCCAUUUUGCCAGUAGUGACAGCCACUACAUCGACGUGAAGGGCACUAGUCAAGAAAACAUUGAGAAGGAAAUUGUGGCACUUGCAAAAAAAUUGCAUGGAAUUGAAGAUGUCUCUUUACAGGAUUUUUGGAGAUUCCGAGCACGGCUUGUGAAAGGAGAAAGAACCAACCUUUGAAACAGCCCUUUGCUAUGACACUUUUAAAGAAAAUCAAAAUUAAACAAGGUGUCUAAGGAAAAUAUUUUUUAGUGAGAUGAUAUAAUCUUUCCUAUCACUUGUUAACAAAAUCAAAAUGCAUGUAUCAGGUACUUAAUUGCAUGCGGGUAAUUUUGCUGGGCAGCGGUAUUGCUUUGAUGAAUAUAAAAUCAGUAAAAGCGAAAUAUUACCAUUUUAAGGAAAAAACAAAGUUAGGUUUACAACCAAAUAAAUGUGAUUGCUGUAUAAUUUAA